AUGCGCGCCCCGAGCGCGUCUGCAUCAUCGAGUGGACAGUCCCCAGCAUUAUUAGCGCGAAUCGAGGAGAAAAAGGCCGAACUCGAAAACCUCAAAGAGCUUCGAGAGCUCAGCGCAGCGGUCGCAACACAAAUGGAAGCUUUGGAACAGAAACUGUCGACUCUUUCUGAUGGAACAGAAGCAAUUGCAGCCGUUGUUGGAAACUGGCAUAAUGUGCUACGUGCUAUCAACAUGGCUUCUUCUAAAUUAGCCAAGACGGCAGCCGAUCCUACAAACGUCUCGGAAGAUUCAACAGGGCCUCUGCCCCAAACUCUAGUCCGAAUUCCGACAGAGCAUGCGCCAGCCCUGCAAGCCCAGGCAGAAGCUGCAGAAGCCGCAGCCGAGGAAGAAGAGUCGUGA